ACAAUGUCUACGUGAGGGCGUGGCAAGGAAAGAUGAGAGUUGCAAGUCCAUGCCCUUACUGGGAAGACAUGGAGAGCUAUGGACACAGUCUACACGAAUCCAGUAGGAAUCUCCACUAAACACAUGAAUAUAACUCCAGCGAGCAAACCCACGAUUUUAGAGUGUUAGAGGAGAGAGCGGGCGGCCCGGUUGAGGAUGGAGUGUGCAUUCGACGCACAGAAUCUGAUCUCCAUUUCACUGAGGAAAAUCCAAAGCUCCAGGACGCAGAGAGGAGGCAUCAAGCUCCACAAGAACUUGCUGGUAACGUACGUACUGCGAAACGCCAGGCAGUUUUACAUGAGCAAAAACUUGUCGCAGGCGCAGAGGACGCAGCACUAUGAGGACGUGGCCGCAGACCGUGACAGGCAAGAAUACCUCGAAUUGACCGGGAGCUUUACGGAGUUGGCCGAUGACUUCUACUGCAACUUUACUGGGGUUGAGUCGGACACUUGGCACUGCGGAGCGCACCAGCCCGGCGGCCAGCCUGCAGAGCUGGCGCACCAAGACGCAUCAGCGUGCGCAAUGGUUCCAGCAAGCGACUCUGAGCUCAUGGUUCCUGAAGCCUGUUGGAGUUGUGCGGACAAAUCAUCCUGGGACUUACCUGUCCCCAACACACAGGCCAACCAGAAGACGGUGCUCGACCUGGACACGCAUGUGGUGACCACUGUCACCAAUGGAUACUUCCACUCAGACUGUUGCGCGCAGCCGAAACAGCCGCAGGGCGCGCACUGCUACGCCAAGAAGCGAAAGAUGGACACAAGUUAUCACAUUGUUGAUCCAGAGUUUUAUUUACCAGACUUUGGGCAGGUGCCAUGUAAGAGAAUGAGGAGUGACGAUGACUCUUAUUCAGACUCGGACAGCACGAACAUCUCCAACCUGAUCUCAGUGCUGGGCUCAGGUGGACUCUCUGACUUUGUGAGUUGGCAGCAGACGGACCUUGAGCAAAUAUUCGCCGCGCAAACAAUCUGUAUAAAACACACACUGUUGACAGGCAGCGGCUGGACCAGAGCCAUCGAGGCGUUUUGAUUUGUAUGACUGAUUUUUCUUUGUAUUGCCUAUUUUAUUGCAUUCAAAUAAACCAUGACACGACUGCAA